AUGGCUUUGUCGAGAGAUAAUUUGAAGGUUUACCUUCGAGUUACUGAAAAGAAAUCCGUCUCUCAAAACCCUAAAUCAUCAAAGAAGCCAAAAACAUCACCAGUUGAAGAAAACAUAGAUCAACAAGUAAAUAUUAGCCGAAAAUCAACAAUGAAACAACAAAGUAGUAGAAAACGCAAAGAGAUUUCAGACAAUGUUAAAAAACACGAGGAAAAACAAAAAAGGAGAAGAAAGAAAGUAGUGAUAGAAUCUUCAGAAGAUACAAAUUCUGUUUCAAAGGAUGAAAAUACUAGUCGAGCUAUAGUUCUGCAUACUUCUGAACAACAACAAGUAAAUUCAGAUGAUGAUUUUGUUGAUCCACCACCAAGAGUAAAACAGACAAAAUAUCAAAAGAAGGAAAAGGCAGAAUCAAAACCAAAGAGAUCAUUGAGGAAAGAUAAAACAGAAGAACAACCAGAACAACAACCAUAUUAUGAUUACGACGGAAAAAAAAUCAUCAUAAGAUGUGCAGUCAAUAAUCUAAAAGAUUAUAUUGAAAAUUUGUCAAAAGAGCAAAGGAAAGUUGUUAGAGAAAUAGGGUUUGAGAGCAUACUAUCAUUCAAGCUGCAUUCAGUUCCACGCAAAUUCGAAUAUUGGCUGGUAAAAAACUUUGAUGCUGAAAAUGAUGAGAUAAAUACUGGAGAUGAAAAGAUUAAGAUCACAGCUGAAUUGAUCCAAAAGAUUCUAUAUGCUUACAAAAAACAAGGAUUUGACGAUGCUGAAAACACUGAAGAAAAGAAUAAACAAAAAAAGAAAGAUGAGGAGGAGGAUGAAUUUUAUGUUUAUCCAUCUGAAUCCGAGAAUGAAAACGAAGAAAUUUUUCUAGAUGAAUUUGAAGAAAAAGAUGAAGACGAUGCUGAAGAACAACCAAACAUCAAUAUCAACUCAGAAGAGAAAGAAGAUGGAAACACCUUACUUAAAGCUGCAACAGACUGGAUUGAACAAGAGGAUCAAGAGGAUGUUCAAAACAGCUAA